CAUUAUCAAUUUUCGACACAUUAUUACCCAAAUUUCCAAACCCAAAAAUCCAACAACAAACGACUAACUUCUUAAUCUCAAUUAUAGAGAACACCGGGACAAACCUCAGAUCUCUCCAUUUUCGACACUUUUUUCUCUCUCAUAGCCCACCACGUUGUGUUUCUCUCAUUGAAAGCGAAGUCUUCUGAAGUUGCUGCAAGCCUGCAAGUGUGAAGGAGAAGAAAACAAAUUAAAAAAACAAAUAAAAAAAUCCGUCCAAGUAAAUUGGGGUUUUCUUAGCUGUGCAGCAAUUUCUUUUAUAAUGAUCUGUUACAUUGUGGGAAAUAUAUAUAAUGAUCUGGGUAUUUUCAGGUGAAAUGGGUUGACAUUAUUUUUUGAAUUAAUUGUGAGAUUUUGAUUUCAAUUGGGGAAAAAAAAUGGCGCUUUUUAGGAAGUUCUUCUACAAGAAGCCCCCUGAUGGGUUGUUGGAGAUUGCGGAAAGGGUUUAUGUCUUUGAUUGUUGCUUUACAACGGAUGUGGUGGAGGAUGAAAAUUAUCAAGGUUAUAUUGGUGGAAUAGCUAGUCAGCUUCGUGAUCACCUACCUGAUGCUUCAUUCAUGGUGUUCAACUUUCGCGAGGGAGAGAAUCAGAGCCAGGUUGCUAAUAUAUUGUCAGAGUACGACAUGACUGUAAUAGAUUAUCCUCGGCAACAUGAAGGUUGUCCAUUGCUCACAUUGGAGAUGAUUCAUCAUUGUCUUAGAUCUGGUGAUAGCUGGCUCUUGCUUGGUCAGCGCAAUGUUCUUUUGAUGCAUUGCGAACAAGGUGGUUGGCCUAUUUUGGCAUUCAUGUUAGCUGCACUCUUAAUCUAUAGAAAGCUUUAUAAUGGGGAACAGAAGACACUGGAUAUGAUCUACAGACAAGCCCCUCGUGAGCUUUUGCAGUUGAUGUCCCCAUUAAAUCCAAUUCCCUCACAGUUGAGAUAUCUUCAAUAUGUAUCAAGAAGACAUUUGGACUCAGAAUGGCCUCCUCCGGACAGGUGCUUGACAGUAGACUGCAUAAUUCUCAGGCUCAUCCCUAAUAUUGAUGGGUUGGGUGGUUGCCGGCCUAUUCUUAGAAUCUAUGGACGGGACCCUUCACCUGCUGCUGAACGGACACCUAUAUUGCUGUUUUCAACACCAAAAAGAAGUAAAAUUGUCCGGCAAUACAACCAGGCUGAAAGUGAACUGCUGAAGAUCGACGUUCACUGUCAUGUUCAAGGUGACGUUGUGCUGGAGUGCAUAAGCUUGGAUGAAGAUUUGGAACGUGAGAAAAUGAUGUUCAGGGUUAUGUUUAGCACGGCAUUUAUCAGAUCUAAUAUUCUUAUGCUUAAUCGAGAUGAGAUUGACACCUUGUGGGAUGACAAGGAUAAAUUUCCUAAGGACUUCAGAGCUGAGGUGCUCUUUUCAGAGAUGGACUCUGCAACCUCUGGCACUUCUAUUGAUAUGCCUGUUACUGAGGAGAAAGAAGGCCUUCCUGUUGAAGCAUUUGAUAAAGUGCAAGAGAUUUUCAGCAAUGUCGAGUGGAUAGAUUCGAAGUCUGAUGUUGCACCAGAUGUUCUUCAGAAAAUUACUUCAUCAGAAAUACCCAAAGAGAAAUUGGAGAUAGCUUCCCAUGAGAGUGCAGACAGUCUUGAGGAUAAUUUGAAAUCACUUGUACUGAAAGAUAUCACAAGUUCCUCAUCAGGAACUACUGAGAAGCAAACCCAGUGCUCUUCAGAAACUACACUAGAUACCCAUUUAGCUGAUCAACAGCCUGAUACUUAUAAAGAAGGUGUUUCAAAUAUUGUCCUGGAAAAGUUGGAAACGGGUAGUCAGACAGAGGAAUCUAGUAGUAUUGCAGUAUCACGUCCUCAACAACUCGAUGAGAAGGGAGAUUUAGAGGCAAGGGAAAGCACGGCAGCUUCAAUGUCUACGGUCUUUGAGAAGCUCUCGAAACAGUCCUUUGGACCUUCUCUAGAUGCCAAUGUUGUCCCGAAAAAGGCCCAACCAAAGGACUUUCUUCCUGUUCUUCAGCAAACUACACAAACAAAGAUUAUAUCCCCACGUAUACUUCAAUCUUCCCAUUCAAGUUCUGCCAUAUAUAGCAAUUCCAUGCAGGGUUCACCGAAACCUAUGCAAAGAUUUCCUAGUUCACCGUCUUCACUUGGGAUUACUGCGCUUUUGCAUGACCAUGAUACAUAUAGGACUGAUGCAGUGGCUCGUUUGGGGGCUAUUCCUCCACAACCAUCGGCUACUUCGGUCUCUUUUUCCCCUGAAGCACCUGAACCUGACCAAAAUGCGCACUCAUCCUAUGCACUAUCUCAAUUACCAGCCCGUACGCCGACUCCACUUCCAUUGCAAUAUGUAUCACAACAUAAUGAGUCUCCACCAGCAUUACAUCCUCCACUAGUACCCCAUUCAUCUUCACAACCAACCUUAGAAUCAGAUAAUGCUUGUCGUAUGGAGACGCUUCCUUCAGGAAAAAACAGCUUAAAUCCCUCUGUUCCUUCUCCUCCUCCUUCUCAGGCCACGUCUAGGAUCUCAACAAUUCCGUCGUCCAUUCCUCCUCCCCCUCCCCCCCCCUCCCCGCCCCCUUUUGGAUCUUCAACUGUCCAGAAAACAUCACUGCCUCCUCCCCCUCCCCCUCCCCCUCCCCCUGCCUCUUAUGCACGACCUGCAUUUCUGAAUGUAGGGAGUGCUUUAUCAGCACCACCUACUCCCCCGCCUCUGCCGGCCUCUUUUGGACAAUCUCUUUCUCUGAAUACUAUGGUCCCCAUGUCAAUGCCUCCUCCUCCUCCUCCUCCACCUCCACCUCCACCUCCACCUCCUGUAUUGCAGUCCCCAUCUUCUUAUGCUAGGAGCUCGUUGUCAAAUCCUCCUCCUCCACCGCCCCCUCCAUGUCUCCCUAAGAAAUUUUCACCAGCUAUAGAUUCAGAUUUGUCAACUUCCAGCACAUGUGGACCAGUCAAAGCUCCACCUCCUCCCCCUCCUCCAAAAUUACCAGUUUCUGUUGCAAGUCCGAAGAUGUCAUCUUCAGUGCCUCCACCACCCCCUCCCCCUAAAGGUGCCUCUACACAUAUUGGAUCCAAAAUUUCUUCUAAAACUCCACCUGUGCCACCCCCACCAGCACCUCCUGGAAAAGGAUUGCCAAGAGCUAAUAGUUCUGUUCAAGAUUCUCAAGUUUCUGGUAGCAAAGGACCUGUUCCUCCGCCGCCUGGACCCCCUGGUCAAAAGGGAAGGGUCCUUCCUCGUGUUACUCCAAAGACUCAGGGUCAAUCAAAAAAGAAUGUUACGAAGCCAUUUCAUUGGAUGAAAUUAAAUAGGGUAAUGCAAGGUAGCUUAUGGGCUGAUUCUCAAAAACCCGAUGAGGCUUCCAAAGCCCCCGAGUUUGAUAUGUCAGAACUUGAGGCUCUCUUUGCAGCUUCAGUUCCAAAUUCAGAGAAGGGGGGCACUGGAGGGCAAUCGGGACGUCGUCCUUCAGGGCCUAAACCUGAGAAAAUUCAAGUGAUUGAGCUCAGGAGGGCUUACAAUUGUGAAAUAAUGCUUACAAAAGUGAAAAUUCCUCUGCCCGAUUUAAUGAACUCAGUACUUGCUUUGGAUGAUUCGGCAUUGGAUGUUGAUCAAGUUGAAAACCUUAUAAAAUUUUGUCCAACAAAGGAAGAAAUGGAGCAACUGAAGGCAUACAAGGGUGAUAAAGAGAGUUUAGGGAAGUGUGAAAAGUUCUUCUUAGAGUUGAUGAAAGUGCCACGAGUGGAGUCGAAACUCAGAGUUUUUUCAUUCAAGAUACAAUUUAAUUCUCAGGUGUCCGAUCUAAGAAAGAAUUUGCAGAUAGUGAAUUCUGCAUCAGAAGAGAUCAGAUCUUCAACAAAGUUAAAAAGAGUAAUGCUAACAAUCUUGUCUUUGGGCAAUGCAAUGAACCAAGGGACUGCUCGUGGUGCUGCUGUUGGGUUUCGACUGGAUAGCCUCCUUAAACUCACAGAUACUCGCUCUCGAAAUAGCAAGAUGACUCUUAUGCAUUACCUGUGCAAGGUUCUCGCUGAAAAGCUACCCGACGUUUUGGAUUUUCCAAAAGAUUUGGUCAAUCUGGAGGGGUCAACGAAGAUACAACUUAAAAUUUUGGCGGAAGAAAUGCAAGCGAUUAGCAAAGGGCUAGAAAAGGUUGUUCAAGAGCUAACUGCAUCAGGAAAUGAUGGCUCUAUUUCUGGAGACUUUUGUCAGAUUUUGAAGGGGUUUCUUUCUUAUGCGGAAGGUGAAGUGAGGUCUUUGGCGUCGCUUUAUUCUAUCGUGGGUCGAAAUGCGGAUGCUUUGGCAAUGUAUUUUGGUGAAGAUCCAGCUAAGGUGCCUUUUGAACAAGUUGUAUCAACAUUGCAGAACUUUGUUAGGAUGUUCCAUCGAGCACAUGAUGAGAACUGCAAACAGAUUGAGUUUGAGAAGAAAAAGGCAGCAAAGGAAGCCGAGAAUGAAAAGUCGAAGAUGACUGCUCGAGCAAAGGACUCUGAGCCAUUAAAGCAAUCCCCUCGGAUUUGGCACCGUGAAAUGAGCAAUCUACAGAUAGUUUAACCCUAGACCUAUUAAAGUUUGCUUGUUUACUAAUUAAUUCACAUAUUUUCUCUGAGAUUUUUCCCAGAAGAUAGCAGCAGAAGCUAGUCCUAGUAUGCUGAUUGCUGAACUCCCUGAUGGAAAUACACGAACACGGACACUGAAGCUAAUGAGAUGUUUGAUGGGUUGACAAUACAUAGAUAAUGUACAGCAUAAUUCGUUUAAAUGUAGUAGUUAGAAGGAUAGAUUACAUGGUUAGUGAUUUGAUUAUUAUGAGUUCUUUUUAGCUGUAAAUUUACCCAUGUUUGUUUGGGUACCAUUCUUUGAAGAAUGAUAAAUGUAUAUUAGGGACGUCGUUUUUGAGUCCCUAUACUACUGUUAAGGCGUUUGUAACAGAUGAACAAUACUACUAUUGCUGUAAAAACAUUCAUCAUCUGUAUUUUUUGUGACUUAGUAUUCUUAAAUUCUUUA